GAAUGACGACAUCGUUAUGGCUGAAAAUAUCUGUGAUAAUAUCUUGCUAUUUUCUCUCCUUUUAGUGCCAGUUCUGGGUUAGCUUUCAGAUCAGACAUAGCUGAAAGUAAAGUGAAACAACAGUGGCUGGUCAGCAUGAAAUGUUUAAUGCACAUCUGUGAUAGCUACGCACUGCUAACACGCGCAAUCUGCCGUCUGAAUGAGAAAAACUUUGCCGCCUGUAUCUUGUGUUGGCCAGCAAAGCUGUCUUGAACAGCUUUCUUCUCACAACAGGCAUUGAUCUGGGCUCCUUCUCCGAGAAAAGCUUGGCAUCUUCAGUUCGUGUGGGACCUUUGACCUCAGUUCAAGCACGAUGAAGGUAGGGGGAGGAGAGCGUAGCACCGAGAAAUACCUGGUAUUCCACGAUGACCGAUGACUUCUACGUGUAUGACUCAAAUGAAUCUGACACAACCUAUGAGUCCAGCGACGACAGCAAGUUGACCCACCACCCUGAUGUCAUCACAGCUUCCUACAUCGGCGUGCUGGUCUUGCUGGGUUUAAUGACCAACGGUGUCGUGUGUUAUGUCUACCUACGACUUAUGACUGGUUCCGUGAUCACUCGUCCUUUUCAGCCAUUUAUCGUGACCAUGUCGUCAGCGGACCUCAUCUGCUGUCUCUUCGGCUUCCCAAUCGACAUGUUUCUCCUCCUGACACCCUGGGCGCCAAGUCACCUUAGACUAUGGGUCUUCAGCUCUGUCAUCAUCUCUGUCUGCAUCACGCUUGACGUCCUUAUGCUGUUACAACCGGUCAUGCAGGUUGCCCUCAACACCAUUCGUUAUUUCUCGGUGAUGUACCCCUCGAUGACCAUUGGGCGUAAAGCCGUAAUCACCACUCUGGUUGCAACUUUGAUGAUGUCAUGCGUGGUAAACGCGCCAUUCACAUUCAUGUACGGUGUAAUCAUGAUCAACUUAAAAGAUGACUACAUUAUCCUCUGUGAGAGUCCUGCCGUGGUGGACAGUAUGUACUUUACUACGCACUUAGUGCUGUAUCUGAUCGUGAUGACCUACCUGCUGCAACAGGACAUCCAGCUGGCUUGGUACAUCAGCAAAUUAACGCAGAACGGCGGUCUUGUGACUGUGAUGUCCAGACGCCGAGCCGUCUCCGGAAUCUCGCACACCUACAUCUUCGGCUCAGUGCGCCGGGGUGCAUACUUGAGAAAUAAGAAGAAAAAGAACAAGGAUGCCUACAGAGUUCGCUCCAGGAAGAGGUUUCCUGGAGUUGGGAGGUAUGAGCAGAAGCCGAGGGGCGAGACCACUAUCCCCAUCAGCAAAACCCCGCCCUCUACCUCGAAAGUCGACUCCAAAAACAGGAAAACAGUCGAAUUCCAGAACAAGAUCGUAGUGCGGCCUGCUCCUUCAACGGCCAGGUCGCUGCACAGCUUUCAGCAAAUGUGGGAGAAGAGGAAGCAUUCCACCAACCAACUCUCCGUUCUCGAGCUCCCUGAGAGUCGAAACAGUCCCUUUAGAGUUCUAAGAAAAAAUGUGAAGGUCAAAAUAAAGGACAGAACGCUGCUGUCUUUGGGAAUAACUACAGCCCUGUUCUUCGUCUCUUACACGCCAUUUUUAGUCCUCCUGGCCAUGUGCUACAACAGGGUGUUUAUUCCUACCAACCGUUUGGAGCUGUCGGCCGUGGGAGUUCUCCAACGAAGCACCUAUGUCCUGACAGCGCUCAACGCCAUCAUCUACAAUCUUUUCAACGAAGGAUUUUGGUACAGAGUCCAGUUGUACCGGAAAAGAUUUUUACAAUGGCUCUGCUGUAAGGGCUAAGAAUCAUGCGUACAUUAUUCAUUUUUAUUUUGU